AUGGUGGCAAAGACUGAACCCAGGGCUUCCACCUCGUCCUCCACGAAUUCUUCCCCCUGUGCCAAGAUGAUAUUCCACUUAGUCGUCCCAAGAAAAAGAAACCCAGAACAAAAGCCACACAAGUAUCACAACUGUAGUAAAUUUUCCUUUCCACUCUUAAUGCUUGAAGGUUGUUCUUCAAGUCACUCUGUAAUUCUCACUGUCCUCUAUUCUAGUAAUACUUCUGUGGAAGGUUUUGUUCAGACUGUUGUUUAUAAGACAUCUGAAGACAGUGAGCCAUCAAAGAAAGAACCCAUAGAGCAUCCAGAAGCUUCAGGUCAAAGAAGACCGAAGAAGACAAAACUUCCUCUUGAGUCAGAAACGUCCGUAACCCAGAAGAAAACCUCUAGUCCAUCUCCAUUACAAAGUGAAAAUGGUAUUGAUGUGGAGCCACCCACUCCAGCUGAGGAGACAGUCACUCAGAAACCUAGAAGAAAGACAAAGAAAACCCGGCCAGCAGAACUGCAGUAUGCCAAUGAGCUAGGAGUAGAAGAUGAAGACAUAAUUACUGAUGAGCAAAGUAAUACAGAACAACAGUCUGUAUUUACUGCACCUACUGGCAUUAGUCAGCCUGUAGGCAAAAUAUUUGUGGAAAAAAGCCGACGAUUCCGGGCUGCUGACCGUUCUGAGUUAAUAAAAACCACAGAGCGCCUUGAUGUGUCAAUGAAUGUGAAGCCUUCCUGGACCACCAGAGAUGUUGCUCUGUCGGUGCAUCGGGCUUUCAGGAUGAUCGGUCUCUUUUCUCAUGGUUUCUUGGCUGGCUGUGCAGUGUGGAAUAUUGUGGUGAUAUAUGUUCUAGCAGGAUAUCAGCUUUCUAACCUCUCAAAUCUUUUGCAACAAUACAAGACCUUAGCAUAUCCAUUCCAGAGUCUUAUCUACUUGCUUUUGGCGUUAAGUACAAUUUCUGCUUUUGACAGGAUUGACUUUGCUAAAACAUCAGUAGCAAUUCGAAAUUUUUUUGCUUUGGAUCCAACAGCAUUAGCGUCUUUUUUGUAUUUUACUGCUCUUACACUCUCUCUAAGUCAGCAAAUGACAAGUGACAGAAUCCACCUUUACACACCUCCUUCUGUUAAUGGUAGUCUCUGGGCUACAGGAGUUGAAGAACAGAUUCUCCGGCCGUGGAUUGUGGUGAAUCUGGUGGUGACCCUGCUGGUUGGCUUAUCUUGGCUUUUCCUGUCCUAUAGGCCAAGCAUGGAUCUUAGUGAAGAGCUGAUGUUCUCUUCUGAUGUGGAGGAAUAUCCUGAAAAGGAUAAAGGAGCUAAAGUCUCUUCAUUAGACCAGCUCACCAUCAGUGUAAUAGUGACUCAAUAUUUAGAAUUUUCCCUGAUUUUAUUUUUAAAUGUAUUUUUAUAAGAUAUAUACAGGUGUAUUGGGAAUGGGUUUUUAAGUGAUAUGAUACUGAAAUUUUAGGGGCCUGAGUGAUAGUACAACAGGUAGCACACUUGUCUAACACAUAGCCAUCUAGGUUCAAUCCCCAAAUCCCAUAUGGUCUCCUGAACCUGCCAGGACUGAUCUCUGAGCACCAUGAGAUGUGGCCUGAAAAAAAAAUAGU